AGAAGGCUGACUGCAGGCCACAUCCCUUUCCUUCCUACACAAAGGCUGCGGGCUGUACCAGCUUCAGCCACAUCUUUUCCGAAGAUGUCGGAAAGUGAUCCCACCGCUGCUGAGGAGCAGAUGUCUGAAAAUGAGAACUCACAAGAAAAUCGUAAGAUCUCCACCAUGUUUUAUGAAGAAGAACGCUCGUCAAAGAAUGGAAGAAUCAACACUGCAGCAUCUGAUUAUGAAGAUUCCAACAAAGAAAUCGUAAUGAGCAGUGAAUUAGGAAAACCAUGCGCAACGUCAAAUCAAGAAGCCGAUAAGAUACCCUCAGAAAAGUAUGUUUACAACAUUCAAGACCGUUCUGAGAUGACUUACACCAGAAUGGUAGACAACUGCUACAACAUUUUUAACUCCACAGACCCAAAAGCUGGAAAUUUGUUGGAAAUGACCACGUAUCUUUGCAUAGACUGCGGCAAAAGCUUCACAGACAGUGCUCUUUUUUUGAAGCACCAAAAGACCCAUACGGGUCAAAAAUCGCACACUUGUAAUGUUUGCGGUAAGACGUUCUCCUAUAACUCACACCUUGUCAUACACCAAAGGAUUCAUGCUGGUGAGAGACCAUACUCUUGUUCCUAUUGUGAGAAAUGUUUCACAGACCGUCCGUCUCUUGUGAAACACGAGAGAAUCCACACGGGUGAGAAGCCCUUUGCGUGCACGGUUUGUGGAAAAAGCUUUACGGACCGGUCAAAUCUAGUGAAGCAUCAUCGGAUUCACACCCGUGAAAAGUCCUUCACUUGCAUUGAGUGCGGGAAAAGUUUUACAGACCGGUCAAAUCUUGUUAAACAUCAAAGGAUCCACACUGGGGAAAAGUCAUUUGAAUGCAGUGAAUGUGGGAAAAGGUUCACCGAGAACUCUACCUUGGUAGUCCAUCGUAGAAGCCACACUGGAGAGAAGCCCUAUGCAUGCAAGGAGUGCGGAAAGACCUAUUCCUGUAACUCUCAUCUGAUUGUGCAUCGAAGAACUCACACCGGAGAACGACCAUUCGUUUGUCGGGAAUGUGGAAAAAGCUUCACUGACAGCUCAACCCUUGUGAUCCAUCAACGGGUCCACACUGGAGAGAAACCGUUCGUGUGCAUGACUUGUGGAAACAGGUAUACAAAAAAGUCAGCUAUGGUGAAACACCAGAGGACUCACACUGGGGAAAAACCGUUUGCUUGCUUGCAAUGUGGAAAAAGUUUCAUUGACAGUUCAUCUCUGAUGAAACACCAGAGGACUCAUACAGGUGAAAAACCUUUUGCCUGCGUUCUGUGCGGGAGGACCUUUGCUGCCAGAUCGACACUGGUAAGGCAUCAGAUGACCCAUACCGGAGAGAAACCGUAUACAUGUACAGUAUGUGGGAAAUGCUUCUCCUGUAACUCUCACCUCAUUGUCCAUCAACGCUUCCACACUGGAGAGAAACCAUUUCCAUGCACAGAAUGUGGUAAAAGCUUUACAGAUAGCUCGACCUUGGUCAAGCACCAGAGGAUACAUACAGGAGAAAGGCCCUAUGUGUGUAACUACUGCAACAAAAGCUUUAUAGACAACUCAACCUUAAUCAAACACCAAAGAAUUCACACUGGGGAGAAGCCAUAUCCUUGCAAGGUCUGUGGAAAGUGUUUUUCAGAUAGUUCGACUUUGGUUAAACACCAACGAAUUCACACUGGGGAAAAACCGUACAUGUGUAAAGACUGCGGAAGAAGCUUUACAGAUUGUUCGACACUAAUCAAACAUCAAAGAAUCCAUCGGAGAGAUAAGCAACCAGCUAGCACACUAGAUCUGAAAAGAGACCUCGGACAAUCAGUGACAGCCACCGCGAAUGAGGUGAAGACCUAAAUGUGCAUCAAGGAGCUGAUGUCAGAUACUUGUUAAUGCCUAUGCCUUAUUUCAGAGAUGAAGAACUAACAUGAUUGUGAAUUUUACUGGCCCAUCAUCUCAUACAUUUUUCAUCAGAUCAACCUAAAUUUAUGUCAUGAUGGCUCCCAAUUUGUGUUAUUCCAUAGACUU